AUGGGUCCACAUGCGUUGAUCAAGUUAACAAUUAUACAUGCGUAUGUAAAGCGGGUUUCACUGCACGUAACUGUGAUACAGGUGAGGCCCCAUGGUACAAAUAUUAACGAGUGCAUGCAGAAUCCAUGCCGUAACGGGUCCACAUGCGUUGAUCAGGUGAACAAUUAUACAUGCGUCUGUAAAGCGGGUUUCACUGGACGUAACUGUGAUACAGAUAUCAACGAGUGCUCUUCAAAUCCAUGCAACAAUGGGGCCUCCUGCAUUGAUCAAGUAAACAACUACACCUGCUUGUGUAGAGCUGGUUUCACUGGACGUUACUGCGAUUCAGAUAUCAACGAUUGCAUUCCGAAUCCAUGCAAUAAUGGGUCCACAUGCGUCGACCAGGUGAACAAUUAUACCUGCGUCUGUAAAGCUGGUUUCACUGGACGUAACUGUGAAACAGAUAUCAACGAGUGCUCUCCAAACCCAUGCAAGAAUGGGUCCACGUGCGUUGAUCAAGUGAACAACUACACCUGCCUGUGUAUAGCUGGUUAUACUGGACGUAACUGCGAUACAGCUUUGUCAACUACAACGUUAAGUACAGCAGGAACAACCAAAGCCUCAACAACAGCGUCACAAAACACAUCGAUCACAUGGAACCAAACGUCUGCAACAACAAUACCAACAAUCAUUCGGAAUCAAACAUCUGGAACAACAACACUAUUCAACACUUGGAACCAAACAUCUGAAACUACAAUACCAACAACCAUUCGGAACCAAACAACUGGAUCAACAACACCAUCAAACACUUGGAACCAAACAUCUGGCACAACAAUAUCAACAAUCACUCGGAACCAAACAUCUGGCACAAUAAUACCAACAACCACUCCCAACCAAACAUCUGGAACAACAACACAAUCAAACACUUGGAACCAAACAUCUGGCACAACAACACCAUUCAACACUUGGAACCAAACAUCUGGAACAACAAUGCCAACAAUCACUCGGAACCAAACAUCUGGAACAACAACACCAUUCAACACUUGGAGCCAAUCAUCUGGAUCAACAAUACCAACAACCACUCGGAACCAAACAUCUGAAACAACAACACCAAGAUACCCAGUAACAAAAACCACAUGGUUUCCAACACCUGAAACAACACCACCAAUCACAACUACCUCUUCUGCUCCGAUUUGCAACCCAAACAACACAUUCUUCAUUACUGGAAUGAUGAACACUACGUGGGACUCGACAAUGGAUGAUACUAACUCGAGUCUCUACCUCAAUAUGAGCACCAUGGUGACAAAUGAGAUUUCAACACGAUUGGGCAAUUUCGGAAUGCCUGUGUGUGUCAUUAUGGUGAAAUUCAUGCCUGUUGGAAAUCUUUCGUCUCCGAUUUCUGCGACGUCGAGCGGUCCGAAUAUCACAGGCUUCCUCUCUCAAGUGCAACUAGAUUCAGACGAGUACAGCAACCAGACGAUUCUUGCAAUGCUGAAUAGUUUCUCAGACAGCUAUAUGUACUUUAUGGACGUAGAAAGUACUACAACCCCUGGAGACAACGCAUCGAUGGGCACUUGUGGUGGCAAAUAUUACGGUAGUGGACAGAUUGCGUCUCCAAAUUAUCCUGGUGAAUAUUCCAAUAACGAGAACUGUACCUACAUCAUAUCAGGGCCGUCACACUCUAGAAUAUGUCUGUAUUUUGAUUUCUUCGAUACGGAAUCCAAUUACGACUAUGUUCGAUUAUAUGAUGGACCAUUUACGACCUACAGAUCACUCGGAAGUUAUUCUGGAAGCAAUGUUACAAUCGCCACUGUUUGCUCGUCUGAAUCCUCUAUGACAGUCCAGUUCACCUCGGAUGGCAUUGUCAACCUUCAAGGAUUCCUUGCAUCAUUCUAUUCCGUUAACGAUACAAUUGCAAACUGUUCCAAGGGCUUUUUCUCUUGUGACAACGGUCGCUGUCUAGAUAUUCUCCGGCUGUGCGAUAGUGGUUUUGACUGUAAUGAUGGAUCCGAUGAACACGGCUGCUCAUGCACUGAUGAUCUUGUAAGCUGCAGUAGACUCUACAAUCAAUGCAUACCAGAAAGUCAAGUUUGUAAUGCAUUUGCAAGCUGCAUGGAUGGAAGCGACGAAGAAGGAUGUGACUGUCAAGAAAUGAGAUGUGAUGACGGAAAAGAAUGUUACAACUCCAGCCAAAAAUGUGAUGGCAAAGUGGACUGCAGCGACAACUCCGACGAAAUGAAUUGUCCAUUUAUUUGUGAAGCAGAUGAAUGGAGGUGUGCCAAUAUUAAACAAUGCAUUCCCGCAAUUCUCCGUUGCAAUAGCAAAAAAGACUGCCAUGACGGUACUGACGAAUAUAUCGAUUGCCAACCACCGACACCCGCACCGAUGAUACCCUUCAUAGUUGUCCUUUACAACCUGACAAUAAACAUCACUGAAGCCCCACUAAAUGAAGCACCGUCUUGGGGUCGUUUGAUGGUAAAACGUGAGGGCAUAAUGGAGGAUUAUGGGACGGUCUGUGACGACAGUUUUGACAAGAGAGACGCCUCUGUCGUCUGCAGAAUGUUGGGAUAUGGCGACGACACACCCGCCUUCUUCUACAGUGGAAGUAUGUUCAAUACCGCAUGGGGUCCAAUAUGGCUGACAAAUCUCCAUUGCACAGGCACGGAAGAAAACCUGGCCGAUUGUGUACAUGCUCAAUGGGGAAAACACCAGUGUAGUCACCAGCAAGAUGUCUAUGUUGCAUGCGAUAGCAUUAUUGUAGCCUGGUGUGGAGACCCGGAUAAUGAUGCAAAAGCAGAUAGUGAUGCAAAGUUGGACAAACUAGUCAAACGAUACGCAGAACAGAACAUCAUUCUAAAUGAUAAGAAAAGAAAAACUGGACUAGAAAUAAUAUUUCAUGGACACAAGAUUACAAAGGAUGGCAUUUUGCCUGACGAAAAGGAAAUUUAA